AUGGGUGCCAUUGUGCUUUCUUCUUCUUCUUCUUCUUUCUUCUUCUUCUUCUUCUUCUUUAUUCUUCUUCACCUUUCUUCUUCUUCUCCUUUGUUCUUCUUAUUCUCUUUCUUCUUCAUCAUUCUUCUUCUUCUUCUUCAUUCUUCUUUCUUCUUCAUUCUUCUUCUUCUUCUUCUCUUCUUCUUCUUCUCCUUUCUUCUUCUUUAUUCUUCUUCACCUUUCUUCUUUAUUCUUCUUCACCUUUCUUCUUCUUCUCCUUUGUUCUUCUUAUUCUCUUUCUUCUUCAUCAUUCUUCUUCUUCUUCUUCAUUUUUCUUUUCUUCUUCUUCUUCUUCUUCUUUUCUUCUUCUUCUUCUCCUUUCUUCUUCUUCUUCUUCUUCUUUAUUCCUCUUCACCUUUCUUCUUCUUCUCCUUUGUUCUUCUUAUUCUCUUUCUUCUUCAUGUUCUUCUUCUUCUUCUUUUCUUCUUUCUUUUCAUUCUUCUUCUUCAUUCUUUCUUCUUCUUCUUUCUUCUUUUCUUCUUUUCUUUAUUCUUCAUUCUUCUUCAUUCUUCUUCUUCUCCUUUGUUCUUCUUAUUCUCUUUCUUCUUCAUCAUUCUUCUUCUUCUUCUUUCUUCUUCUUCUUCUUUAUUCUUCUUCUCCUUUCUUCUUCUUCUUCCUCUUUUUCUUCUUUCUUCUUCUUUUUCUUCUUCACCUUUAUUCUUCUUUUUGUUCUUCUUAUUCUUUUCUUCCUUCUUCUUCUUCUUCUUCUUCUUCUUUCUUUCUUCUUCACCUUUUCUUCCUUCUUCUUAUUUUUCUUCUUAUUUCUUCCUUCUUUACAUUCUUCUGUUUCUUCAUUCUUUCUUCUUCUUCUUCUUCUUCUUCUUCUUCUUCUUCUUGAACUGUUCUUCUUCACCUUUCUUCUUUAUUCUUCUUCAUUCUUCUUUCUUUCUUUUUCUUCUUCUUCUUCUUCUUUCUUUCUUCUUAUUUUCUUCUUCUUUUCUUCUCUUUCUUCUUCUUCUUCUUCUUCUUUUUCUCCUUUCUUCUUCUUCUUUCUUUUUUCUUCUUUAUUCUUCUUCUUUUGAUUCUUCUUCUUCUUUUCUUUUCUUCUUCUUUCUUUCUUUAUUCUUCUUUUCUUUCCUUUCUUCUUCUUCUCCUUUUUCUUCUUCUUCCCCUUUCUUCUUCAUUCUUCUUCACCUUUCUUCUUCUUGUCUUUGUUCUUCAUUCUCUUUCUUUCAUUCUUCUUCUUCUUCUUCUUUCUUCUUUCUUUAUUCUUCUUCUUCUUUUCCUUUCUUCUUCUUCUUUAUUCUUCUUCUUUCUUCUUUAUUCCUCUUCACCUUUCUUUAUUCUUCUUCUUUCUUUCUUCUUUUCUUCAUUCUUCUUCUUCUUCUUCUUCUUCUUUAUUCUUCUUCUUCUUUGUUCUUCUUCUUCACCUUUCUUCUUUCUUCUUCUUAUUCUUCUUCUUCUUCUAUUCUUUCUUCUUCUUCUUCUUCUUCAUUCUUUCUUUUCUUCUUCAUUCUUUAUUCUUCUUCACCUUUCUUCUUCUUCUUCUUCUUCCUUUUUCUUAUUCAUUUUCUUCUUCAUCAUUCUUCUUCUUCUUCUUUAUUCUUCUUCAUUCUUUCUUCUUCUUUCUUCUUUCUUCUUCUUCUUCUUUUCUUCUUCACCUUUCUUCUUUAUUCUUCUUCACCUUUCUUCUUUUCUUCUUUUCUUCUUUCAUUCUUCUUCUUCUUCAUUUCUUCUUCUUCUUUCUUCUUCUUCUUUCUUCUUUCUUUCUUCUUCUUCUUCUUUUUCUUCUUUUCUUUAUUCUUUUCAUUCUUCUUCUUUUUUUUUCUUCUUCUCUUUCUUCUUUAUUCUUCUUCACCUUCUUCUUUCUUCUUUCUUCUUCUUCCUUCUUCUCCUUCUUUCUUCUUCUUCUUUCCUCUUCAUUCUUCUUCAUUCAGAUUCUUCUUCUCCUUUCUUCUUCUUAUUCUUUUCUUCUUCUUCAUUUCUUCUUCUUUUCUUCUUCUUCUUCUUUCUUCUUCUUCUUCUUCUUCUUCACCUUUUUCUUCAAGGCUUUGCUUUAUUCUUCUUCUUCUUCUUCUUUUUCUUUUCUCCUUUUUCUUCUUCUUCUUCCUUCUUCCAUUCUUCAGAUUCUUCUUCUUCAUCUUUCUUUCUUCUUCUUCUUCUUUAUUUUUCUUCUUUCUUCUUUAUUCUUCUUCUUCUUCUUCUUCUUCUUUUUCUUUUCUUUUCUUUCUUCUUCUUCUGACCUUUUUCUUCAUUCUUCUUUUUCUUCUUCUUUUCUUCUUCUUCAUCUUCUUCUUCUUUCUUCUUCUUCUUCUUCUUCUUUCUUCUUCUUUUUUCUUCUUUAUUCUUCUUCACCUUUCUUCUUCUUUCUUUUUCCUUUCUUAUUUCUUUCUUCUUCACUUUCUUCUUCUUCUUCUUCUUUCUUCCUUUCUUCUUCUUCUUCUUCUCCUUUUUCUUUCUUCUUUCUUCUCCUUCUUCUUUUUCUUCUUCUUUCUUCUUUAUUCUUUCCUUUCUUCUUCUUCUCUUUGUUCCAGAUUAUUCUUUUCUUCUUUUCAUUCUUCUUCUUCUUCUUCUUUCUUUCUUCUUCAUUCUUCCUUUUCUUCUUCUUCCUUUCUUCUUUUCUUCAUUUUCCAGAUUUUCUUUCUUUUUUAUUCUUCUUCUUUCUUCUUCUUCCUUUGUUCAUUCUUAUUCUUUCUUCUUCAUCAUUCUUCUUCUUUUCUUCCUUCUUUCUUUUCUUCUUUAUUCUUCUCUCUUUCUUCUUCUUCUUUAUUCUUCUUCUUUCUUCUUUAUUCUUCUUCAUUCUUCUUUCUUAAAAUUCUCAUUCUUCUUUUCUUCUUUCUUUUUCUUCUUCUUCUUCUUCUUCUUUCUUCUUCUUUUUUCUUCUUCUUCUUUUUCUUCUUCUUCUGCUUUUUCUUCUUAUUCUUUUCUUCUUCUUCAUUCUUUUAUUCUUCUUCCCUUUCUUUUCAUUCUUCUUUUCUUCUUUCUUCUUCUUCUUAUUCUUCUUUUUUCUUUUCUUCACCUUUCUUCAUUCUUCUUUUUUUUUCUUUUUUUUUCUUUUUCUUUUUCUUCUUCUUCUUCUUCUUUCUUUCUUCUUUCUUCUUCUUCUUUCUUUUCUUCUUUCCUUUCUUCUUCUUCUUCUUCAUUCUUCAUUUCUUCUUUUUAUUCUUCUUUACUUUCUUUUCUUUUUUCUUCUUUUUUCUUCUUCAUUCUUCUCUUCUUUUCAUUCUUCUUCUUCUUCAUUUUUCUUCUUCUUCUCUUCUUCUUCUUCUCCUUUUUCUUCUUUCUUCUUUAUUUCCUUCACCUUUUCUUUAUUCUUCUUUCUUUUUCUUCUUCUUCAUUUCUUCUUCUUCUUUCCUUUUCUUCUUCUUCUUUUCUUUCUUCUUCUUCCUUUCUUCUUCUGAUUCUUAUUCACUUUUCUUCUUUCAUUCUUCUUCUUCUUCUUCUUUCUUUCUUCUUCUUCUUCUUCUUCUUUCUUUCUUUUCUUCUUCUUCUUUAUUCUUCUUUUUUCUUCUUCUUCUUCACCUUUCUUCUUCUUUUCCUUUGUUCUUUUAUUCUCUUUCUUCUUCAUAA